AUGAAUAGGUUGGCGAGAGGUGGUAAUAGCGUUAAAGGGCUAUUUGAUAAUGCAUAUUCGGUAUUGAAGAAAUACUCCAGAUUCAUUGGACCCGGGCUAAUGGUUUCUGUGGCAUAUAUGGACCCAGGGAAUUAUUCGACUGCUGUGGCUGCUGGUUCAGCUUACAAGUAUAAAUUGCUUUUCUCGAUAUUGCUUUCGAACUGCUUGGCUAUAUUUUUACAGAUUUUGUCUGCCAAACUUGGAGCGGUGACGGGAUUAGAUUUGGCAGCCAAUUGCAAAGCCAAUUUAUCAUUUAGGGUUAACAUAUUCAUUUACUGCUUAGCAGAACUAGCUAUCAUUGCUACGGACUUAGCAGAAGUUGUGGGGACGGCGAUUUCGUUAAAUAUUUUAUUCGAUUUGCCGUUACUUGCGGGAGUUAUAGUGACAGUCGUCGAUGUAUUGAUUGUGUUGAUGGCAUACAGGCCAAAGGGCCCACUUUUAUUUGUGAGAAUUUUUGAGUCGUUUGUUUCAAUUUUGGUUGCAGCAACAGUGGUCUGUUUUGCAAUUGAAUUAUAUCAAGUCUCACACGAAGAGGCCAUUAAUUUUUCUACGUGGGAGGUCAUUAAGGGUUUCAUGCCAAACGAGAAAGUUGUGGAUAUGAGCGAACGAGAAGGCGGAAAUGGUUUAUAUUUGAGUUUGGCGAUUUUAGGUGCAACAGUUAUGCCUCAUUCUUUGUAUUUAGGUUCAGGAUUAGUCCAAGCAAGAUUAAAAGACUAUGAUAUUAAGCAUGGGCAUUAUAAGCCUUUAUCGGAUGAACCAUCUAACUCGGAAGAAGAUGUUGAGUUAGAGCAUAAUAACGAAUUUGAGAGAAACGUACAGCCCGACCAAUGUACCACUAACCUGUUUGAAAAGGAUGAAGACGAUGAAGAACUUGAUCAUUAUAGACCAUCAAUACACUCGAUCAACGAUACAAUGACUUAUACUAUAGUUGAAUUAGUGAUUUCAUUAUUUACUGUGGCCUUGUUUGUUAAUUCCGCGAUUUUGAUAGUGGCUGGUGCUACCCUUAACAAUAGCAACCAUAAAAGAGACGAUGAUCACGACACUGAUGAUAGUGAUGAUGAAGAUGAUUAUCAAAAUGCUGAUUUAUUCACGAUCUACAAUUUAUUAUCCACACACUUAUCUCCAACAGCAGGCUUUGUAUUUGCUCUUGCUUUGCUUUGCUCAGGGCAGAGUGCAGGGGUUGUGUGCACAUUAGCUGGUCAAAUGGUCCUGGAAGGGUUUUUGCUGUGGAGUUUACCUCCAAUUACAAGAAGGUUAAUCACAAGAGGGUUGGCUAUUGUUCCUUGUUUAGUAGUUGUAACAUUAUCGGGCCGUGAAGGCUUGUCAAACGUCUUAAAUAUGAGUCAAGUUGUGUUGGCGAUAUUGUUACCGGUUGUCAGUGCCCCAUUGAUUUGGUUCACUUGUUCAAAGGAAAUCAUGAAAGUUCCUAUAUUCGUUAGGGAUGGUGAUGAAGAGAUUGAUAUCAUGAUAGAUAACGAUAUGGAUAGCGGUAUUUCCAGAACAAUUACUACAAGCAGCACAGCCACUUUAACAAACGGGAAGGUAAAGAGAUUCAAGAGUACUGAGCCCGCGAUCAGAUUACAAGAUUUAAGAAAUUCCCAUCCGUGUGCAGGGUGGGAUGAAGACGAGAUAGAAGCAUCUGAAGAACAGCAGCGCUUGAUUAGCCACAAUAAUGAUCCUGAUCGUGAGAUAACUUCAAGUCUUGGUACAAACGAAAUUCAAUAUGGCCAGCAUCGUAGAAAUAUUUCGGCAGAAAGUGAUACUUAUGCUAAUACCAUAAUUGAAUCAGAAGAAGAAACAUAUCGUGUUAAGGGCUACAAAGAUAUGAGUAAUGGACCUGCUACUGCAUUUACGGCAGUUUUAGUAUGGGGUUUUAUAACUUGUUUAAACAUAUAUUUAUUGGGAAGUUUGAUAUUGGGAUAUGAUGUUCCAAUAUGA